AUGCAACUUGACAAUGGUUCGAUUGCGACGUCGCUGGUGCACGUUGCGACACCAGCAGCAGAGCACGUGUACUGCGUAGCCUGCCAGUGGUCUCCGGCGGACGGGGUCGCUGCUUCAGACGCCAACAACGGCCACUCUGCUCCCAGUAAAGCGCUUUCGCCCGAGGCACUGCUCGAAAAGAGACGGCAGCACUACCGCUCUGACUGGCACCGCGUCAACCUGAAGCGUCGCACCGCUCAACUACCACCUCUAUCGGAGGCUGAGUUCACGGAACGGUGCAGGAACUGGGAAAGCGGCGGUGAAACCGUUCAGAUGGAUUUCGGCGGACUCGAGGACGAGAACACCUCAAGCAGCGAGGAACCCUGGAGCAGCUACAGCGUGAAAGUACCUGUGGGAUCUGCGCUACCUGAGGACGCCCUGUUCUCCGCCGCUCGAUUUGCGAGGUCGUCAGCCGUGAACGGCGAGCGUCAACCCAGCAGCCGCCGUGUGGCAUGCAUCUGGUGUCUGAAAGAGUUUUCCAGUGAGAAAGCCCUGCAACAACACGAGCGUACCGCGAGGCAUCGAGAGAAGCUGCGAGAACUUGGCAUCCCAGAAUCUGAUGAGCAGCACCAGCACCAGAAGCAGCAGCAGCAGCAGCAGCAGCUCAUCUCCGGUGCAUCAAAGGAAACGAGUCUCGAAACUGCAGACCUGGACGCUUGGCUCGCUGAGCGCAUGCAAGAAGCGCGUCCCCUUGAUAUCCACGAAUGUCUUUUCUGUAACCACAAGGUUGCCGUUGACGAGAAUGUUUCAGAACAGGAGCGCAGCGGCGCUCUCCUUGCAAAUCUCCGCCACAUGGCCAAAGAGCACUCAUUCUUUGUGCCCUAUAUAGAGUACUGCUAUGAUCUUGCCGGACUCGUACGAUACCUGGGAGUCAAGGUCGGUCUUGGCUACUGUUGCGUGUUCGGGGGAAGGGUCGUGCCGCUCUCGCAAGACACUACGGACUCCGCGGAGCAGCUGUUCGAGCGUCGUGCGGAGGUAUUCAGCAGCUUACAGGCCUGUCGAAAUCAUAUGCGAGAUGCUGGGCACUGCCGGUUGCCCGAUUUUGAUCAGGAGGAGGUUUGGGAUGAGUAUCAGGAAUUCUACAGUUUUACCCCAGUACGAGCAGACGCGCUGCUGUCGUCUGCCGCGGAUGCGAGCGAAGCGCUUUCUCCAGGCACGCCACAUGAGGCUGCGGGUGAGGCUGAGUCUGUCGCUCUUGCGCCAUGGGAAAAGUGGGUCUCGGUCGCCGAGGCACCGAGAUCUACGCACCCACCAGAUGAAGAAGUUGUUGGCCUUCAACUAGGUGCGAGUGGACGAACUAUUGCACACCGGUCUCUCUGGCGAUACUAUCGCCAGCGUGUGCAUGAUCAUCACCGCACGCAGCUACCUGUCUGCAUUGCUCGACAAGAGCGCCAGCAGAUGGUGCUGGCUUAUCAGGAGCUCGCCCACACGGCUGCAAUCGGCUUCACUGGACCCGCAGCGUCGCAGCCGUAUCCCAGUAUUCCACCACGUCGAGUGCUUGAGCGCUGGCGACGCGACCAGCUCGCACUGGCUGAACGGAACGCAGCGACGCGCCGCGGCCGGGCAGCACGUUCAUCCAUAGCGGUGCUGAACUCUGGCUAUCGUGGCUAG